GAACUGCGGCGGCGGCGGCGACCGCGUCCGAGCAGAGCUGCAGCGGCUGCCGCGGGCACCGGAGUGCCGAGCCCAGGACGCCCCCAGCCCAGGCCCGCGGGGUGGACAAGUCCUUCACCCCUCGCCAGAGUGUAUGGAGGAGUGAUGGGCAGAACCAGCGCUUCCCUCAGGCACUAGACCUGUCUCGGGUGGACUUAGUUCCCUCCUAUCCUGCUUCACGCCACCCCAAGAACACAGAUCUGUUUGAGAUGAUUGAAAAGAUGCAGGGAAGCAGGAUGGAUGAACAGCGAUGCUCCUUCCCACCGCCCCUCAAAACGGAGGAGGACUACAUUCCUUACCCGAGCGUCCACGAGGUCCUGGGGCGAGAAGGGCCCUUCCCCCUCAUCCUGCUGCCCCAGUUUGGGGGCUACUGGAUUGAAGGCACCAACCACGAAAUCACCAGCAUCCCUGAGACAGAGCCACUGCAGUCGCCCACGACCAAGGUGAAGCUUGAGUGCAACCCCACAGCCCGCAUCUACCGGAAGCACUUUCUUGGCAAGGAGCAUUUCAAUUACUACUCACUGGACACUGCCCUUGGCCACCUUGUCUUCUCGCUCAAGUAUGAUGUCAUCGGGGACCAAGAGCACCUGCGGCUGCUGCUCAGGACCAAGUGCCGGACGUACCACGAUGUCAUCCCCAUCUCCUGCCUCACCGAGUUCCCCAACGUGGUCCAGAUGGCAAAGCUGGUAUGCGAAGAUGUCAACGUGGAUCGGUUCUAUCCUGUGCUCUACCCCAAGGCUUCCCGGCUCAUCGUCACCUUUGACGAGCAUGUUAUCAGCAAUAACUUCAAGUUCGGUGUCAUUUAUCAGAAGCUUGGGCAGACCUCCGAGGAAGAACUCUUCAGCACCAAUGAGGAAAGUCCUGCCUUCGUGGAGUUCCUCGAAUUUCUUGGCCAGAAGGUCAAACUGCAGGACUUUAAGGGGUUUCGAGGAGGCCUGGACGUGACCCACGGGCAGACGGGGACCGAGUCUGUGUACUGCAACUUCCGCAACAAGGAGAUCAUGUUUCACGUGUCCACCAAGCUGCCCUACACAGAAGGGGACGCCCAGCAGUUGCAGCGGAAGCGGCACAUUGGCAAUGACAUCGUAGCCGUGGUCUUCCAGGACGAGAACACUCCCUUCGUGCCCGACAUGAUCGCAUCCAACUUCCUGCACGCUUACGUGGUGGUGCAGGCCGAGGGUGGGGGCCCUGAUGGCCCCCUCUACAAGGUCUCUGUCACGGCGAGAGAUGACGUGCCCUUCUUUGGGCCCCCCCUCCCGGACCCCGCUGUGUUCAGGAAGGGGCCUGAGUUCCAGGAGUUUUUGCUGACAAAACUGAUCAAUGCCGAAUACGCCUGCUACAAGGCGGAGAAGUUUGCCAAACUGGAGGAGCGGACGCGAGCCGCCCUUCUGGAGACGCUCUAUGAGGAGCUGCACAUCCACAGCCAGUCCAUGAUGGGGCUAGGCGGCGACGAGGACAAGAUGGAGAAUGGCGGUGGCGGAGGUGGCUUCUUCGAGUCUUUCAAGCGGGUCAUCCGGAGCCGCAGCCAGUCCAUGGAUGCCAUGGGGCUAAGCAACAAGAAGCCCAACACCGUGUCCACCAGCCACAGUGGAAGCUUCACACCCAACAACCCUGACCUGGCCAAGGCCACUGGACUAUCACUAAUUGUCCCCGGGAAGAGCCCCACGAGGAAGAAGUCGGGCCCAUUUGGCUCCCGCCGCAGCAGCGCCAUCGGCAUCGAGAACAUUCAGGAGGUGCAGGAGAAGAGGGAGAGCCCUCCGGCUGGCCAGAAGACCCCAGACAGCGGGCACGUCUCACAGGAGCCCAAAUCGGAGAACUCAUCCACUCAGAGCUCCCCAGAGAUGCCCACGACCAAGAACAGAGCGGAGACGGCAGCCCAGAGAGCAGAAGUGCUGAAGGACUUCUCCCGCUCCUCGUCCAGUGCCAGCAGCUUCGCCAGCGUGGUGGAGGAGACGGAGGGCGUGGACGGGGAGGACACCGGCCUGGAGAGCGUCUCGUCCUCAGGAACGCCCCACAAGCGGGACUCCUUCAUCUAUAGCACGUGGCUGGAGGACAGCGUCAGCACCACCAGCGGGGGCAGCUCCCCAGGCCCCUCGCGGUCACCCCACCCAGAUGCCGGCAAGUCAGGGGACCCUGCGUGUCCCGAGAUCAAGAUCCAGUUGGAAGCGUCUGAGCAGCACACGCCCCAGCUGGGAUGUUAGCCAGGCUGCCCCCCUGAAGGUGACACUGAGCAGCUGAGGCAGCAGAAGCACAAGGCGAAGAUGCUGUGUCAAGUCCAGGCAGACGGAACCUCUGCCCCCAAGGCCGACACCAGCCUGCGGGCUGCCCCUGCCUCCCUCACCUCCCCUAGGCCACCCAUCUGGGCUGUCUCUGCAGGGCGGAGCCAUCCGGACCUGGGACUGGGGAAGCUGCUGGCAUCAUCCCCAUCCCCCAGGCUGGGGGUCCGGGAUAGGGCGGGGAUUGGUCAGUUGCAAUAGGCCCGCAGGCCUGGCUUGCCCCCACCCUGGGCCUCCAUGACCCCUGAGUGUCCCUCUGGACUGAGGGGGAGCAAGGUGGGAGAGGGAUUGAGAUAGCUCAGAGCACAGAGCAUAGAGGCAGUGGGGGUGAGUGUGGGGGUGAGCACUGGGCUGGGAGUCUUGAGUCCUGGCUUCUGGUUUGGAUUCUGCUGUGUGACUCUGGGCAAGUCACUCUGCCUCUGUGGACGCCUCUGCUGCAAAUGGACAAGAUGAUUUCAGAGGUCACUGAAGACUGUGAUUCCAUGCCCCUGUCCCAAAGGGGGGGAUUGUCCCCCCAGGGACCUCCCGUCACCCUACCCUGCUUAUUGAGGUCCUUGGGGCCCCUGGUGGGCUAAAGGGCAGGGAGCUGGCUGUGACCAUUGCCUCUCCUGGACCCUUGGGCUCUACCACAGAUCUGCCAACGCCCUGUCCACUGCCUACAUGUGACAGACAAGUGACCCCUUAUGGGGGAAUAGGGACCUACCUGGCUUCUUGGCCAGCACCCAGCUUAACCCCUGCCACCCCAUGCUCCUGGGCACUGCAGGCCGGGGGCCUCAGCUGGCCUAGAGUCGCAGGCCUUGCCCCCCCCCACUGCCAUGGAGGGGGCAGCCAGGCACGGCUGCUGGGAGUCCGGGUUCCUGUGUGUGUCUGUCCACACUUUUUAGGCGCCACGCCAAAGGCCAGCCUCCCGGCCCCAACACCCAUUUUGGAAGCCCCUGUGGCUGUGUGUAUGUCAGUAACAGUUGUACAAAAUAAAUUCUAUUUAUCGCUAUUGUA